CCUCAGCUCCAUCCUAGCAUGGCCGAUCGACGUCUGAGAUAAGUUGUUCUCUAUUUAGACCACCACCAUCACCAUCACCAUCAUCAUUACCAUUACCAUUACCAUCGGCCAAGAUACUAUCAGUCUCCCUUUCGUACCGUCAUAGCGCUGUCUUCACUGCCACCUUUACCAUUACUAUCAGUAUCGUUGAAGGAAUCAUGUCAGGCACAACGGAAGUCAAUUUGCAAGAGGACCGAGGCCCACGCAUGCGCGUUCUGCUAAUUAUUAUGGCCAUUUUACCAAGUAUUGCCGUUGCUCUGCGGUUCUGGUCGCGAACGAAAUUGCCCACGAAGGGCUCAUUUCCACGCCUAUGGUGGGAUGACUGGGCUGCUCUUCUGGCGGGGAUGAUCAAUAUUGCCGUGUGUGCCAUGGGACUCAAGAUGUGCGACAUUGGCAUGGGGCGGCAUGUGGAGGUGGUGUCAGCGGAGCAUUUGACAAUCUUCCUGAAACUUCUCUGGGCGGAGUAUUUCGUGUUUGACACGGGCACUUCGGUGGCCAAAGCCUCGGCCUUGUUCUUCUACUCGCGGCUCUUCAGCCAGGCUAACACCCGCUUUCGAUAUUGCAUCUAUGUGGUGCAUGCAUUGAACGCCCUCUGGCUAGUGGGCAUUCUCCUCUCCGUCAUCUUCGAAUGCACGCCAAUCCAGAAGGUCUGGGAUCCCACCCUGCCCGGUCGAUGUGAUAAUUCCCGCAUUCUGUGGAUGGGCAGUGGCAUUCCCAGUUUGAUUAUUGAUGUCUUCAUCCUGGUCCUUCCGGUGCCUAUGGUCCUGCGGCUAAAGAUGAAUCCCACCCGAAAGAUGCUGGCCAUCGGUGUGAUUGUGCUCGGUUAUUUAGUGGUGGUUGUCUCUAUUGGUCGACUUGUCUCGAUCGUUCAAUCCGGCGACGGACUUCAAACCGAUCCUACCUUUAACAUCAUUACUCCCGUCUAUUGGCUGGGAUCCGAAAUCCCCAUUUCGGUCAUUAGUGUCUGUCUGCCCAGUAUCUUUCUCCUCAUCCGUCAUCUCUGCGCCCGCCAAUUCCAGUCUCUCGGCGGUGGCAGUACCAGCACGCCUCAAGAUUCCUAUCGUUCCUCCACCCGCAAGUUAAUCUACCAGAAGCGCCCUGAGCGGGGUUCAAGCUUAGGGGGAGGCGUCCGCCGCAGCGACUUCCCGCAUCCUGCAGAUAGCAACAAUGAUAUAAUCCCGCUUAAUUGGGUGGAGCCGUCCAUUAUAGCUCCACAGUCGAUGCGAGGGAGUGCACCUAGGGCCGGAGAGAUUAUGGUCAAGAAUGACAUCGUAGUGUCUUAACUAAGCUUACGUGGAAGCGAAGGGGGUGGCGUUGGCAUUGACCGGUGUUGCUGUGGUUGAUUUAUUGUUCUUUUCAAGGUAUCCUGUCAGGGUAAAUAGCGGCAAGUCAGUCCGAAGUUCGCUUAGUGGCGUAGCAAUGCAUACAAAGG